AGUCUGCCGCAGAUCUCAUAAGAAGAAGCAGCAGAAGAGCGACGGACCAUCCACCGUCAUUUACUAGACGGUUUCGAUUUGUAUCUCAGAUGCCAAUCCUUUGGAUCAUUAGAUGUAACUAAUUUAUUGAGCAAAUUCCAAUAUGAAAUAAUAAAACAUCUGGUAUAAAAACAAACUGCGAUUUGAAUGCACCUUGAUGGGGGAUUUCUCUUUUUGAGCCGUCGAGCGUCCCUUGGAAGAAUGUGCAUUAAGUUGCACAUUAGCUAGCAACAACCCAAUGGAUUACAAAAUACUUUUGUACAAGCACGAAGAUAUAUUAAGUAUACUGGCAUAGUCUGUCUCAUCUGUGUCUCUUUUAGCUAACUUGAUUGGUCCUGACUGUGAAAGGAACAGAGCUACAUAAUGUCCCAGCAUGCUCUGCUCUCUGCGGGUUGUAAGGCAUGGCGGUCACUGUCAUGUCCCCGGUCAGAGCUUCGGCUGGAUCUCACUCUGGGAUGUGGUCAGACGUUCCGAUGGCGUGAGACUGGAGAUGGUCACUGGACGGGAGUAAUGCGAGGAAAAGUGUGGACACUAACUCAAACAGAGGAUACUUUAUGGUACUAUGUUUACAGUCAUCAAAUAAAUCCAACAGAAAACAGACAGAAAUGGAAGGUGGAAGAGGAGGAGCAGUUAUUGGGGAAGAUGUCAAAAAGAAAGACUGACAUGAAGCAGGAAGAGGUGGGAUUUUGCACCAUGAUGUCAGAGCCUGACAACAAAGAGGAGGAACAUCUGAGGGAGUAUUUCCAGUUAGGUGUUAAAUUAGGGGAUCUCUACAGGGACUGGAGCACUGUGGAUCCACACUUCAAACAUACAGCAGACAUCUUCACAGGAGUGCGUUUGUUGCGUCAAGAUCCUGUGGAGUGUCUUUUCUCAUUCAUCUGUAGCUCGAAUAAUCACAUCUCGCGGAUUCAGGGCAUGGUUGACAGACUGUGUCAGACACUUGGGACUCUCCUCUGCAAGCUUGAUGACGUGGCCUAUCAUGAUUUCCCCCCUCUGCAUGCUCUUACAGAUCCUAGUGUGGAGAUGCGUUUGCGUGAUUUGGGUUUUGGCUACCGUGCUCGUUUCCUGCAGCAGAGCUCUCAAAUCAUUGUGAACUCUCACGACCCUGACUGGCUCCAGUUGCUCCGCAGCACCCCGUACCUGCAGGCCAGAGAUGCACUGAGAGCUCUUCCUGGAGUUGGUCUCAAAGUGGCUGACUGUGUAUGUCUGAUGUCCCUGGAUAAGUUUGAGGCUCUUCCUGUGGACACACAUGUGUGGCAAAUAGCCAAACGAGACUACAGCUUUGCUGGUGGGAGCAGUCAGAAGACUUUGACUGAUAGAGUCUACAAAGAGAUUGGUGACUUCUUUAGAAAACUCUGGGGUCCCUAUGCAGGCUGGGCACACUCUGUACUUUUCUGUGCUGAUCUAAAGAGGUUUCAGAAGCUGAAAGAAGAGAUUCCUAAACUGAAAGAUGAUAAAACAGAUCUGAAGAAAAAGAUAAAGGAGAGAAGACAUGACAGAUGUGAGGAAAAACAGAAAAGAGAAAAAGGCAAAAAGCAAAAGAGAACAUGAGAUUAUAUGACUCACAACACACUGAAGGGCUUCUUGUUUGUGACAAAGGAUAAAUUACUUUUAUAUUAUGUAAUUCCUUUUUCUUAAUUACUAUUUUCUAAGUAGAUUGCAUCUUUCAUUGGCUCAUUUGCCAUUUCAGCUCCUUAAUAUAUUAUUUUAUGUUUUGCUUUUGGAUUUAUAUGUAGAAAUUAUAAAAUCACUAUUAUAACAUUUUUUAAAAAUCACCUUUUCUCAAAGUUCAGCACUGUUUUGUGCUUGAAUAUGAAGUAGCAUAGUUUUCAGAGUCUCAUGGGAUCUACAUGAAUCACACAAAUGACCUAUUUUGAAUUCAAAAUGGUGAUUUUCGGUGAGUGGUAUAGAUCCCUGUUAACAAUCUUGUCAGUUUCUCUUGAUUGUAAAUUGAAUGCUCCUACAGAAACAUACUACGACUUUUCUGAGCAACAGAGACAAAAAUAAAUGUUGAUUGACUUAA